AUGUCCCCGCUGUCGUGGGCUCGCGAUGCGGUUUUGCCGCGUCGUAGCGAGUAUCCGCAUAGAGGGCUGAGUCUAAGCUUCUCUAUUUUGCGGAUUUUCGCUGAGUUGCGGGUGCCCCGUCUGCCGAUAGCACUUUGCAGGCGCGGGCCAGAAGGAGCUGAGCCACAGCCACGAGGAAGCUUAACCAACGAAAAGCCCCGACCCAGGCACUAUGCGGCCGUGCGGUUGGAAGUAAGCCGGCUUGAAGGAUUAACCAUCAGUCGUGCUGCUGCAAGUGAGGGGCGAUUCGGCUCUCGAACGGUGCAAGUCGCCAAGAUCUGUAAGGUUGCCCCGCGCACGGUGAGUAAGUGGUUCGAUUCUGGCCGGCUAAAGGGGUAUCGCAUCCCUGGCUCGCAAGAUCGUCGUAUCCCACGCGAGUAUCUCAUCAAGUUCCUCAAAGAGCACGGUAUGCCUUUGGGCGACCUGGAAGAUGAAGCGAUGGCCAAGAUUCUGGUCGUUGCCCAAGAUCAGGUACUCAUUGAGAACCUGAAGCGGGAACUACCGCCAGAGCGUUCGUUUAAGUUGGCCGUUGCGGCCAGCGGUUUCGAUGCCGGUAUUCAAGCCGAAAGUUUCCAUCCUGACUGCAUCAUUGUCGAUUUCUCGAUCGGGCGUACCGAAGCGCUGCAGAUUUGCCAAAACCUGCGUCGCAACAACGAGUACUCCGAUACGAUCCUGAUCGCUCUGCUGCCCGACGAUGGCAACCCGAACAGCUUCGAUCGUUCGUCUAUCAACGAGACGUUCAAGAAGCCGUUCGACGCCGCUUUGUUGGCCGAGCGUCUGCGAACGCUGAUCGGUGCGAAGAAGGAACUGGUCUAG